AGAAGUAGCUAGAUAUAUCAAUUCUGAUCGCCAUUCUUUUGUCUCUUACCAUGAUGCUGUCAGGAUCAUCCCCUCACAAGUUCAAGUCAACAUGUUGGGCGUGGCUGCUAUCGUCUUGACCGUUCUCGGUCUGACCCGCGAGGUGUCUUGCGCUGUCGCGUCAGGGGAGAACCAGUACAUUGUCGAAUAUGCAAAUGGCGUCGUCCCUCGCGACCUGCCUAUCGACGGCCCCGUAAAGGUGGUCAAGACGCUCGACUCGCCCGGCAUCUUCACCGGCGCCGUCGUCGAGGCCACCAGCAAAGAGGAGGCGUCCACCUUUGCGUCGGCCAACCGCGCGGCCAACAUCUGGCCCAACCAGCGCAUCAAGCUCGACGAGCCCCUGGACCAGCGCGCGUUUGCCGACGACGUCGCCGCCACAGACUACUCGGUGCACGCGGCCACGGGCGUCGACCGGCUGCACGCCGAGGGCAUCCUGGGCCAGGGCGUCAAGGUCGCCGUGGUCGACAGCGGCGUCUGGUACAAGCAUCCCGCGCUCGGGGGUGGCUUCGGCCCCGGCUUCAAGGUCGCCGGCGGAUGGGAUUUUGUGGGCGACGCCGGGCGUGACGAGACUCCGCGCCCCGACGAUGACCCGCUCGACACGCCGAGCAUCGGGCACGGCACCCACGUGGCGGGCAUCGUGGCGGGCUCCAGCGACAAGUUUGUCGGCGUGGCGCCCAACGCCACCAUCCUCGCCUACAAGAUCAUGGCGACCGAGGCUGGCUCCGACGUGGCCACCAUCAUCGACGCCUGGCUGCGCGCCUACAGCGACGGCGCCGACGUCAUCACCAUGAGCAUCAGCGGCCUGACCGGAUGGUCCGACAACCCCCUGGCCGUCUUGGCAGCCCGCCUCGUCGCCCAGGGCGUCGUCAUGACCGUGUCGGCCGGCAACAACGGUGCCGACGGGCCCUACUAUGCAGGCGACGCCAACACCAGCCCGCACCUCCUGUCCGUCGCAUCCGUCGGCGCAAGCAACUACCCCGCCACGCCCUACCGUCUGACCAUGACCAGCGACGGCGUGUCCAACACCACCAAGUCGGGAUACCUUCCCGCGGCUGCCGCAUUUCCCGCCGAGGUCAACGGCUGGCCCAUCGUGGCCCUCAACUUCAACACCAGCAACACCGACGACGCCUGCAGCCCCUACCCCGCCGGAACCGCCAACCUGACCGGAGCCGUGGCGCUCGUCCGCCGCACGGCCGGCUGCAACUUUGUGAGCAAACAAAAAAACCUGCAGGCCCUGGGCGCCAAGUACGUGCUCGUGUACAACGACAACCGGCCCAUCAUCACGCCCGGCUCCUCGGACCCGGGCAGCCUCUUGGGCAUGAUCACCGCCGAGGCCGGCCACGCCAUCAUCAAGGCGCUGGUCGCCGGCGCCAACGUGACGGCCGACUUUUCCCUGCACGCGGGAGACGCGCCCCUGGCCGGGAUCCCGGACCUCGCGGCCGGCGGCAAGCCCAGCGUCUUCAGCAGCUGGGCGUCGACCUACGACCUGCAGCUCAAGCCCGACGUCGCGGCCCCCGGCGGCAACAUCUUCAGCACCUGGCCCGAGGACUCGUACAUGGUGCAGAGCGGCACGUCCAUGGCCACGCCCUACGUCGCCGGCAUCGCGGCGCUGUACAUUGGCGCGCUGGGCGGCCGCGACAAACACGGCCCCGCCUUCGCCGCCGAGCUGACCCGGCGCAUCGCGAGCGCGGGCUCCUCGCUGCCGUGGUACGACGGCGCCGCCACCAGCGCCGAGUUCGUGGCGCCCCCGCUGCAGAUGGGCAGCGGGCUGGUCGACGCGACGAGGGUGCUGCGCGCCGCCACGGCGCUGGACGCCACCAAGCUCAACCUCAACGACACGGCAAACUUCCAGGGCGUGCACGACGUCACCGUCACCAACAAUGGCGCCGCCGCCGUGUCGUACAGCUUCGCGCUCGAGCCGGCCGCCGGGUUCGAGAUCUUUGAGCUGCACGACCUCGUCGUCAACAGCUGGGGCGUCAAGCAGUUCGCCAAGCUGGAGCCCAAGGACAUGGCCCCCGACGUGCAGCUGCCGGAGCCGUUCAGUCUGGGGCCUGGGGAGUCGAAAACGGUCACGGUGACGUUUGCCAACCCCGAGAACAAGGGAUGGAACGCCACGCUGAUCCCGGCGUACAGCGGCAAGGUCGUUGUGGCUGGCGACAACGGUGACCAACUGUCGCUGCCGUACAUGGGCAUCGGAGCAAGCCUCUACGAGAACGCCAAGGUCUUUAGAAAGGACUACCCCUCGUCUUUCUCUGGUGACUCGACGUGGUAUUCGAUUGACCAAAAGCCAUACUACAACUUCAACCUCACCAAGGGAGGCCGUCAGUUCCCCUGGAUACACACCUCGUUCACCUGGGGCGUGAGGGAGCUGCGAUGGGAUAUCUUCCAAUCCAACUGGUCCGAGUCGCAGUGGACCUACCCCCCGACGCCCGGCGCCAACGGCUUCGUCGACGCCGUGAGCCACUACACGGGCCCCUCGCUCAGCCAAGAGGGCAACUUUGGCGCCCCGCCCUACAACCUGUCGGAUCCCUUUUACAGCAGCCAGAUGGAGCCCUUCCCCCAGCGGUUCCUCUCGCGCCUCAGCACCUUCAACCCGGGCGAGCAAAAGUAUUGGUGGAUGGGCAAGAUGGCCAACGGCAGCCAGAUUGCGCCCGGCAACUAUACUAUGCGCGUGGCUGCUUCCAGGCCGUUUGCAGACCUCACCAAGGCGGAUGGGUGGGAGGUCUGGAGAAGAGAGAUCCAGGUGCUGCCACUAAUCUAGGUGGUUACUUGUCUUGCCUGGUAGUUGUAGUUCUACCGCUUGAAUAAUGAUGAAAUCUAAUACAGUGCACUUCUUCCUUGAUUCACCUGGCUACAUUGACAUGGAGAAACACUGAGAGUAAAACUGUCCAAACUAACAGAAAAACACAAUUUACAAUUUACAACAUCACCUAUACAAAGUCCUCUUGUCCGCC